AUGGGAGUCGACGUUGAAAACUUGUCAGACGCGGAGCUGAAAGAACAGCUAAAGUCUCAUGGCGUCAACGUCGGACCGAUUGUCGGGACAACGAGAAGUAUUUUCGAGAAAAAGCUGAGAGACAUUCUCAGCGGAAAAGUGAAACCAAAUAAUAAGGUGUAUUUUUGCAAAUGAAGUAACGAACAUAGAAUCUUGAAGCCUGUGAGUUCGAAUAGUUCUGAGAGUUCCAAACCAACGUCAGUCCGACAGAAAGCCUCUAGUAGCUCUGCGUCGAGUCAAUCUUCAUCCGUUCCCCGUAAAGUUGUUAGUGAGGGUUUGUAAUAUUUCAGAUUCGUCGGAGAGAGAAACUCUUUGAAUUUUUAGAAGAAGAAUCUGAUGAAGACGACGAGCCGAUCGUGUCUCCUUCAUUCACACCCAAUACUACUAACAAACCAGUCACAUCUACUCCGGAAAGUUUCAGCACUCCUGACAGCAGCGAUAACUCGAACGCCACUUCUUCAUACAGACACACAGCGCAAGUUUUUUGAACUUGUUUUUCAUUUUAUUUGGAAAGCGUUACAUGAUUGAGCUCAAUUUCAGGAUUUCUGAGAAAAGAGGAAACGUGUCGAGUUCAACAGCUCGACAAGAAGUUUUAGAGUCGCGUCAACGCAUCGACCGCCCAGGAGCGACACCUCCUCGGAACAAAACUCUUCGGUUUUGAAAAACUUGAUCUAAUGACGGUCAUGGGCAUAUCUCCUUCCAGAACGCCGUUUGUGGCUAACGGCUCUCCAAAAAGCAAGCACGCCGGAGAGAGCAGGGUUCGAACUUCGGUCAUUGCGUCCUACACGUCACCCAAACACCCUGUUUCGAGCCGAAAGAUUUUAUCAAGUAUGUGACGAACUUUCAUCAUAUACUCAUAGGCAAGGUUUCAGCCCCGGGAAUCAGGACCAUGCAUGACCUCGGUUCAACGACGGCAGAAGAAGACGAUGACGAGGAGGACGGUAUCGAGAGCAAUCGUGUCAUCUACACCAGCGAUGCCUCGGAUCGUCAGAAUUUUCUCGGCCGCACUUGGGACAGAGUCUUGGGAUAUGACGUCGGUUACUUUCUCAUUCUUUAUUAGAAUUCGUCGAUUACAGUUCAAAACCUCGUCGAAGCCUGGCGAGCGGUACGACUUUCGUGUCGGCGGUUCUCGUACCAGUGUAAUUAAAGAUCCUAGAACUGGCAAAUACAUCGUUAAGCAGACGAAAGCUUUCUCGUGAGUUUGAUUUUAAAAAGUGCGCAGGUAAGUUUUUGUGAAUAUCAAAUAGUUCAAGUGUUCAAAUAAUAUUUUUAGUCGUGAACAUCAUGAUCUACAAAAAUUUUGGCGGUUUAGCGAAGCCAUUUUUAGAAAUACGACUGCAAAGCGUCAUUCAUAUCACCCCAAUUAUAAAACUUGCUUCUACGCGAAAAAGAGAGAUAAUUUAUAUUCAGUUCUUGGUUAACUCGAGGCAUAAUAGACUAGACAUAACUUUUCGUUUUUACAGUUUCUCUGACGCACUACGCAUCUGUUUAAUCACUUUAUGUGUACUUUUCGGCGUCCUAGUUGUGGCCUAUGCAAUCACGAACCAACGGGAAUCUGUCAAAGGAUUUUUUGAAUCCCUUAAAAGUGAGUUUUUUUUUGUUUUUUCACGCUUCGCCGAUGAAUAAAUUUUUCUCGAAUUAACUUACUUUUCAUUUCCUAUUCGAGGAAGAAAGUUUUCAGGUGCUUUUCGAGAUACCUUUAACCUUUUCUACCGUUAUACUGUUCUGCCAGCUCUCGUAUCGCUUUUUGGUGAGUAAGAAAAAACUGUUUAACAUCGUAAUUGAUUCUAGCUGUUCUGUUGGCCUGCGGGGCUUUCUUCGGAUACAAAAAAUACAAAGAGGAGUGCGAUAAAGAGGAAGAUGCAAGGUUCGAGUUGAUCGACCGAAUUCUGAGUUUGUUUCCAGAUAAAUUUCAUUGAUGAAAAUGAAGUUCAGAAAUGAUUGAAGAUUCCUCCAAGGAAGGAGUCUCUUACAUUUCGCAGCCACAUGUUCGAGACGUUCUUUUUCCGCCUUCGAGGAGGUGAAUUUAUUUAUCAAUUCGAUUGAGUACUGCUUUGAUUACAUAUAGAUAACCUAGAAAACUUCCAUUUAGAAGAAAGACCGAGUUGGCCCGUUGGGAGAAGGCCGUCGCAUUCAUCGACACGAACGAGUCGCGUGUGGCGACGGAGGUGCGAGUUCUGCCUAACGGUCACGAGUGCGCCGUCUGGAAGUGGAUUGGCAGACGUUUCUGA